UUUUUUGUGACCUAUUAUUUGAAUGAAUAUCCAACUCUGACGGUAACUGGAGACACCUGUUAUUCCACGCAAGACCGCCUUUCGCAUUACGUCGCCCUUCUCCUUCCUUUCCGUGUCUCCCAAGAGCGCACCAGUGCUAGUAGAGUUAGCAGUGGCUUGUUAUCCUUCAGCAGCUAUUGGUGACAGCCAGUCAACUAAACUGUUAGCCCGAGUGGUAGUGCAUUUGUAACCAUCCUUCUGAUAAACCCUUGCCGUAGCAAAACCGUGGACGACUGGGUCGUUCCCUUUUGAGACAGCUUCAUCACUUCUCCGGGCUACUGAUAGGAAACAACGUUAUCAUCGUUCUCACCUUCAAGAAAGAAAACAGCCCUGGGACAUGGCAAGAUCAGAACAAGUCUUGGUGCUAGAGCCACAACACGAACUGAAAUUCAGAGGUCCCUUUACAGAUGUUGUCACGGCCACCCUGAAACUUGCCAACCCCACAGAUAGAAAUGUGUGCUUCAAGGUCAAGACAACUGCACCCCGCAGAUACUGUGUGCGUCCAAACAGUGGCAUCAUUGAUGCUGGAACCUCCAUCAAUGUAUCUGUUAUGCUACAGCCUUUUGACUACGACCCAAAUGAAAAGAGUAAACAUAAAUUCAUGGUUCAGUCAAUGUUGGCUCCAUAUGACAUGACUGACAUGGAAGGAGUUUGGAAGGAUGCAAAGCCUGAAGAGCUGAUGGAUUCAAAGUUGAAAUGUACAUUUGAGAUGCCUCUUGAAAAUGACAAAACUCAUGAAAUUGAAAGCAACAAAAUUCUGUGUUCCUCUGCUUCCUCUGUUAAGACUGAGCACUCUGUGCUGCCUAAGUCAGCAAGCACCUCGCUAGAUGAUGGUGAGGGGAAGAAGAUCAUGGAGGAAUGCAAGCGACUGCAGAUAGAGGUCCAGAGGCUACGGGACGAAAACAAACAGAUCAGGGAAGAUGAUGGGCUGCGGAAGAGAAAGAUGACCUCAAUGGCCACUCCUCACUCUUCUUCCUCCCCAACCAUGGUGACCUCGGCCAUGAGGGACGAGGGUCUAAGCACCCGCCUCCUGGCACUGUGCGUGCUCUUUUUUGUCAUUGGAGUCAUUGUUGGCAAGCUGGCCCUGUAAAGACACAGACAAGAGUACAGAUGAAUAGAAUGAUGAAAGCCUUCUCCAGAGGACGUGUCCAUGAUGACAGCAGGGAUGUUUUCUGGGUUUUUGUUGAUUUCUCUUUUUUUAUCAUUUAAGGCAAUAUUUUCAUGGUUUGUCUAAAGAAGGUGAUCCGUGGUAAAACCAUCAUUGCAAGGAUUUGCAGCAUAAGUCUUGCCUUUUCUUUUUUCUUUUUUUUGCGCUAAAAAAAAUCACCAUCUUUAAUCUGUCUACUCCAUCCAUCCCUUCUUCCUAAAUGAUCAUCUGCAACUUGCCCAGGCAACAGCUCAUAGUGUGUGGAUGCAGCCUCACACUGGCUAUAUGUCUUUCACUGUAUAUUGAUUUCUUGGACUUGAAAGUUUCUCUCACACAUUGUCAAUAAGACAGACCUAACGCUCUUCUGAUAAUCUCUCUUCCAUUAGAACUAAUGUUUUACCUGAAGGGGUUACACAUGUGAUCAGCGAUAAACUUUCUUUUGGACUUAAACUGUAUGUAAUGUCUUAUAUUCAGUGUGCGGUUCCAGUAUAAGCCCUGUGCAUGUGUGUGGUGUGUGUACGCAUCUUUAUGAACUUUCCUUCUCCAGGGAGGGUACUGUGACUCUGUGUGAAUGUUUUUAUUUGGGGAACCAAUGAACCGUGAAACUUUUUUCAGAUGUGUACUCAGAAAAGAAAAUUAUCAUCUGGACUGAUUUUCUCACACAGAAAACAGUGGGUCUAUGAUGACACCAUAUUAAAACUGCAGUAUUCAUCAGAUUAGCCAGACAAAGAUGUAAGUAGUAAUUCAGUCUAUCAAAUUAAGAAUUUAUUAUAAUGAAAGUUCUAAAAAAUAAUUAUUGUGAUAAAAGGCUCUAGUUUAAACAUUCAGAUUUUACUGUUAAGACUUCCAGUUAAUAUUUACUUGACCGUAACUCUCUCAGGAUGAGAGGGGAACUUGGUAAAAAAUAUUCCAUCUUUACCUAUUGAAUUUGUCAUUAAAAAACUAUCGCACACAUUUUCACUAUAUAAUUCUUUAGACCUCAACAUUUGAUUUGGAAACCUUUUUAACUUUUUCCAUAGGGUAUUAUAUUUGCGUCCUCUUGUGCAGUAGUUUUAAACUCUUUUUGCCCAAGCCAGAUCAAGCCAAAGUCUCAAGGCACAUCAUGUCCUUGUCCAUACAAAACAGCCUCUUAAAAACACAUUACAGUAACUUAAUUUGUGUAGGUAUAGUAAUAGUAUAUGGUUGUACAAACUCCUACAGCACAUCAAGACUUGCCUGGUGUGCCUUGCCGCACCAUUUGAGAAACACUGCUCUGAUCAUUUACAGCAGUUUUUGUUAUGAUAUAACCACAAAGCUUCAGUUUUUAUUUUUUAUUCAAAUGCACCAUACUCAAAUGUUCUAUCUGCAGACUGCAAGAAAUUACCUUUUUUGGUACAGAUGCGAAACAAAGGAGAACAAACUACAAUUAUGAUUUCACCUGUAGUCAGGUUCAGCUGUUUGUGUUUUGUUUGUGUUUCAUUUUUUUCAUAUCCUGGUGGUUGUGUGAUAACUGAGACAACACAGUUGUCUCUUUGCUACUGGACAACCAUCUAAGGAGGACUAGAGAGCUUCAUAUGUAGGUGGCUAGAUUGAAGAGUGACAAAAAAGGCAUCUGUGCUGUGGACCAAACUUGCAAAGAUACAUGCACAUAGCAAUAAUAUCACACCGUAGUUACUUGCCCUUUUGUAUUUACAUAUUUCUUAGUCUAAAAAUAUCUGUUGGAGUCAUCAAUAUACUGUAUUAAAGGAAGAAAUAAAUACUUUAACAACC